UAAACUUUUAAACCCCUUUUGAUUUGUCACUGUUUCAUUUUUCUGUCUCUCGUUCUGUUCGUUCGCCUCUUCUCUACUCUCGAUUUCUCAGUUCUCAUUCUCAUUCUGCCUCUGAACCCACUGCAUAUUUCACUGCCCUGCCUAUUGAAACGGCUUCUUCCGCAGUGCCGCCUCUAUCCUUGAUCUGCACGGCGUCAUUUUCUCGGCAUGUCUUACGACUACCUUUUCAAGUAUAUCAUUAUCGGGGACACAGGUGUUGGGAAGUCAUGCUUGCUUCUGCAAUUCACCGAUAAGAGGUUCCAACCCGUCCAUGACCUGACUAUUGGUGUGGAGUUCGGCGCUCGUAUGGUCACCAUCGACGGCCGACCCAUCAAGCUCCAGAUAUGGGACACUGCUGGGCAAGAAUCUUUUAGAUCAAUCACUAGAUCAUACUAUAGAGGAGCUGCUGGGGCACUUCUAGUUUAUGACAUUACAAGGAGGGAGACAUUUAAUCAUUUAGCAAGUUGGCUGGAAGAUGCCCGGCAGCAUGCCAAUCCUAACAUGACAAUCAUGCUUAUAGGGAACAAGUGUGAUCUGGCUCACCGAAGGGCAGUGAGCAAAGAGGAGGGGGAACAGUUUGCUAGGGAAAAUGGGCUUUUAUUCUUGGAGGCUUCUGCAAGGACGGCUCAAAAUGUGGAAGAGGCUUUCAUCAAGACUGCUGCUAAAAUUCUCCAGAACAUCCAGGAAGGUGUAUUUGAUGUAUCUAAUGAGUCGUUUGGCAUAAAGGUUGGCUAUGGACGUCCACAGGGGCAAUCAGGGGCUAGGGAUGGAACAGUUAGUCAGAGCGGUGGGUGUUGCAGCUGAUUUUGAGGAAACCAGUAUUUGAUCCUUUCGCCCCAGCUAUAUCUGCAAUUUCAUGUCGUCGCCGAAUACACACCUAGAAUUGUCUUGUGAAUAAUGGAUAGCACUAAAGUUUCUUGUAUAGCUCUAAUCCCAAGCGUUCUCGGGACAUUGUUUAUUCUGUCGUUAGAAAAAUUUACCGCCCAACUAUGAAAGCCUGGUUGGGUAUCAUACGCCUUUAUCAAAUUUUCAAGUGCUAAAGUUGUAGCUCGUUUUACUCAAUGACUCUUCUCAGUCGUUAAUAUCUGAUCUGUCAUCAAUAUGAAAUAAAUUGUUGAAUAAAAAACAAUUGAGAAAAUUCAAACUUAA